GGUUCGGAGACGAGGAGGGUGGCAGACUCCGGGCCGCGCGGGAACCGGAGGAGCACCCGGGCCUGCGCCGAGACCAUGGCAAAGGAAGAAGGACCAACUGUAGAACUGCGCCAAAGGAAAAAACCAAAGUCUUCAGAAAGUCAAAGAUCUGCCAAAGAAGAGAAAAUCAAUGACACUCCAAUUCCUGAAAGAACUCCAAAACAUAUAUUAUUUCAACGCUUUGCAAAGCUUUUCAUUGGCUGUCUUGCAGCAGUUACUAGUGGCAUGAUGUAUGCACUCUACCUGUCAGCAUAUCAUGAACGGAAAUUUUGGUUUUCCAACAGGCAGGAGCUUGAACGGGAAAUCACAUUUAAAGGUGACAGUGCUAUUUAUUACUCCUAUUAUAAAGAUAUGUUAAAGGCACCUUCAUUUGAAAGAGGUGUUUAUGAGUUGACACACAAUAACAAAACUGUCUCUCUGAAGACUAUAAAUGCAGUACAACAAAUGUCUCUAUAUCCAGAACUUAUUGCCAGUGUUUUAUAUCAAGCAACUGGUAGCAAUGAGGUUAUUGAGCCAGUGUAUUUUUAUAUUGGUAUUGUUUUUGGAUUACAAGGAAUAUAUGUUACUGCUUUAUUUGUUACAAGUUGGCUUAUGAGUGGAACAUGGCUAGCAGGAAUACUUACUGUUGCAUGGUUUAUUAUUAACAGGGUAGAUACAACAAGAAUUGAAUACUCCAUUCCUUUAAGAGAAAACUGGGCACUACCAUAUUUUGCAUGCCAAGUUGCUGCACUUACUGGCUAUUUAAAAAACAACUUAAAUACCUAUUCAGAGAGGUUUUGCUACUUGUUGAUGAGUGCUUCAACUUACACCUUUAUGAUGAUGUGGGAAUAUAGUCACUAUCUCUUGUUUCUUCAAGCAAUAUCUCUGUUUCUUCUGGAUAUAAUUUCAGUGGAACAAAGUGACAAGGUUCAUGAAGUAUAUAAAAUCUAUAUAUUUUCUCUCUUUCUGGGAUAUUUACUACAGUUUGAGAAUCCUGCUUUACUUGUUUCUCCUUUAUUAAGUUUAGUAGCAGCCUUAAUGCUUACUAAGUGCCUUCAGCUGAAUGUAAAGAAAGGAACUUGUGUAGCGAAAAUGAUGAAAGUGAUUAAUUUUUACCUAGUGUGUACUCUGACAGUGACACUAAAUGUUAUAAUGAAGAUGUUUGUUACACACAAAGAAAAUGGACACAUGCUAAAAUUUCUGGAAGUAAAAUUUGGAUUAAAUAUGACUAAUGGCAUGUCUAUCAAAGAAACAGUUACUCUUGAAGAUGGGCGAAUUGGAGAAAGACCAGAAAUAAUUUAUCAUGUAAUCCACACUAUUUUAUUGGGUUCUCUUGCAAUGGUUAUAGAAGGCUUAAAAUAUAUUUGGACUCCUUAUGUGUGUAUGCUAGCAGCAUUUGGUGUAUGUUCCCCUGAACUUUGGAUGACAGUUUUCAAGUGGCUUCGGUUAAGAAGUAUACAUCCAGUAUUGUUGGCUCUUUUUCUGAGCAUGGUUGUACCUACUAUAAUUGGUCUCAAUUUAUGGAAAGAGUUUUUUCCCAGAUUAAUGACAGAAUUGACGGAACUACAGGAAUUCUAUGACCCAGAUACAGUGGAGCUUAUGACUUGGAUAAAAAGGCAAGCUCCAGUUGCAGCUGUGUUUGCAGGGAGUCCACAGUUAAUGGGUGCAAUUAAGUUGUGCACUGGAUGGAUGGUGACCAGCUUACCUCUUUACAAUGACGAUGAUCUUCUCAAGAGAAAUGAAAAUAUAUAUCAAAUCUAUUCCAAGCGAUCUGCUGAAGAUAUUUACAAAAUACUGACAUCCUACAAAGCUAACUACCUAAUCAUAGAAGACUCUAUCUGCAAUGAGAUGGGAACCAUGAGUGGUUGUAGAGUUAAAGAUUUAUUAGAUGUUGCAAAUGGCCAUGUAGUUUGUGAAGAAGGUGACAAGUUAACCUACUCAAAAUAUGGACGGUUUUGUCACGAGGUCAAAAUUAACUAUUCUCCAUAUGUGAAUUAUUUCACUAGAGUAUACUGGAACAGGUCCUACUUUGUGUAUAAAAUCAACACUGUGAUCUCCUUCCAAUCUUGAAAAGUAACGAGUCUUCAUUUCCAAGACUGAAGUUACUUGACUUAAAUGUGAUUUUCUUCUACCUAUGUGGUGUCUGUUGCAGAUCAGAGUUUGGACAUUCAAAAUGCUGCUGCUGCUUCUCUCUUGCUGUUAACCAUGUCCAAGGUUUUGAGGGAAACAGAAAAUCUAGAAUUAACUUUCUCUGGUAAAAUGUCAAUUCUACUCUGCAAUAUUCCAGACAGUUCCUUCCUUACUAUUACAUGGUCUUUAAGAUUUCUACAAUGUUUCUCUAUAAUUCAUUCUAUCAUAAUACUGAUCUUGAAUAUGUUCAAGUUCAAAAUCUAUUUCAUAUACAUAAUAUUUAAUACAUAUUUAAUGUUAUAAUAGAAGGAAAGAUCAUUUUUCAAGCAAGUUUCUGAAGGUACUUAAUGGCUUUAUAACAAUUAAAAUUCUACAAUAAACCAGUAAUUUAAACAUUAGUUGAAAACAUGACAUUUAAAUUAAAAUAAAAAUUAUAUAAAGGAAAGUGAGUUGGCCGCCG